AUAGGUACCAGCUCGAGUGGGUCACGGGCGAUGAUGGCUACGUCCGUUGGAUGCUGGACAAGGCGCCAAUUUACGAAGUCCCGGCGUCAGCGCUCACGUCGCCACCCCAAGGCACGCCUCGCAACCCGAAGAAGCUCAUGAUUGAAGAGCCGAGCUACUUUAUCUUCAACGUGGCCAUGUCGGCGGCGUGGGGAACGACGCCCCCGAAUGUGUUUAUGGGCGGGUGUCGGGGCGACAAAAACUACCCCCAACCGGGCACUUUUGAGUACAACAUCACCAACAACAUUUGCGACUCGUUCCCGAUGUACAUGGCAGUUGAUUACAUUCGCGUGUGGCAAGACAGAAAGACCAUGAGUUACGGCUGCGACCCAGCAUCGCACCCAACAAAGGAGUUUAUCAAGGCGCAUAUCACCGAGUACACCAACGCACUGAACCCGGACAUCGCUGUUGCCGGCGGUGCAACGUGCAACUCGAACGACGACUGCACCGCCGAUGGCAGUGUUACGGGCAGAUGUGUCCACCUCCGGUGCCAGUGUGUCGGUCUCUGGACAGGGCCCCGGUGCACGAGGUACAACCGCAACGCCGUUUCCUAUGGGCCGUCGAUAGGUGUCGCGGGCGGCAUCUUUGCCGCCAUUCUUAUCGCGUGGUUCGCCGGUGCCAUUUGGCAGCUCCGUCGCAAACGGUCUCUACAACGACACGGCGAAGUACAGAUGCGGCAGGAGAAGAGUAACUCCAACACAAUCGUGGUCUAUUAGUCGAUAAACUAGUCAAGCGUUUGGACGCUGUACUCUCUUGCUAAACGUACAACGAUGGGAUGUCUGCCACGGGAA